AUGGCAACAACGGUCUUAUCCGGCGCCGCAUUCGGCGCAGCCCUGGUAGCGGCGGGCGUCUACCAGCCCUCGGUCAUCAUCGCCCAGCUCAAGUUCGAGAACUGGCACAUGAUCCAGGCCUUCCUUGCAGCCGCAGCAAGCAGCACCGUCUUCGUCCUCGUACUGGACCAGGCGGGCUACGUCCGGCCCAAGCCCCGCAGCCCCUCGCGUCUAGGCCUCUUCUCCCAGUACGACGGCAACAUCCUCGGCGGCUCCGUCCUCGGCGCCGGCAUGGCCAUCUCCGGCUCCUGCCCCGGCACCGUCCUCGCCCAGAUCGCCGUCGGCACCAAAUCCGGCGUCUACGUCCUCGGUGGCGCCGUCCUCGCUGGCAUCAUGUGGACCGGCUUCCUCCAGAAACUCCUCACCAGCAACGCCAGCUCGGCACCACCCGAGAACCCUAAACUCACCAUCCACGAGCGCGCCGGUCUGAGCAGAGCCGUCGCUUUCGUUGGCGUGGAGGCCCUUUUCGCGGGCGUCAUCUACGCCAGCAUGAAGUGCACUCCCGCCAGCCCCUAUGCCGUCGUCGCUCCCACCAUCGGCGGACUCCUGAUCGGUCUGGCGCAGCUCUUUUCGCUGCUCACCCGCAAGUCCAUGCUCGGUGUGUCGACUUCCUACGACGAGAUUGGACGGUACUUCUGGUGGGCGGUCCAGGGUGGUGGCGAAAAGGGGAAGCCGUCUUAUAGCAACAUUCUCUUCUCUGCGAGCUUGGCUGCCGGCGCGUGGGCUGUCGCGACAGCAUACCCCGAGUUUGCCCUUGGUGCCGCUGAUACGGCUGUCUCGCCACAGCUGGCGGUAGUAGGAGGUUUCCUCAUUGGCCUUGGAUCGAGAAUUGGUGGAGGUUGCACUUCUGGACACGGACUCAGCGGCAUUUCCCUUUUCUCCACUGCCAGCUUCAUCACAGUUGCCUCCAUGUUCGGCGCAGGCGCCCUUGUCGCCUCUUUUGUCUGA